GCACUUUAACCGAAACGUGCCUGCGAUAGGGAUGAGAGCCUCUGUCUCCGGAGAAAGAGGCCGUAUAGAUUGGAUUAUUGAUCGGCGUGCACGAAUGAAAGAAAAAGAAACAACUGUGUGAGAGAGAAAAGAGUUGGGCUGAAGACAAAUGAUGGCAGACACUGUGAAAAAAAGUGGAAAGCGGGUCAGAAAACACCCAGAGCUGAAGCAGACGGUUGGUUGGAGCUGCUAGAUGAAAGAACGCCACGCGAGAAGAAAGACAGAGGAGAGGCAGAGAUCGAUGAAGAUCUGCUGAAGAUGCUUUCACGCUGUUAUUGUGCAGUCAGGUCACAGGCUUGAUGAAAACGCCGCCACAGCCUUCAGAUUUCAGACUUUAAUAGUAGACGGUGUUAGAAAGAGGUCACGGUUACACAUGAAUGUCAAAGUUGGCAGCAGGCGAACAAGCUUCAACUUGUCUAAAGGUCAGCUGAUCUCCCAUAAGCCCAUGCAUGUGGUUUGGAUCGUGGCUGAGUAGCAGAUCUAUGCGGAUCAAGAGUUGAAGGAGGAUCACCUGAGACUAGUGGUGAUCUAGUCGGACCACCCUCGGCUCCACCCAGCGCCUCCCCCUCCCACCUCCCUCUUCCUCCUCCUCGUUCUACUCCUUAUCCUUGGCCUCUUCUGUUGCUCCUGUUGUGGGGGGGUCAACACUCCGCCAUGUCUGUCCUCAGCGUCCCCGCCCCCUUCUGCCUCCUCCUCUUCCUCUUCCUCCUCCCAUUGCCACCGUGCCAACCAGAGUCCCAGCGCGGUGACCUCGGCAGUGACCCCGACACGUGGACGGGCCUGCCCUCGGCGUUCCCAUCCUCCACCUCAACGACAGCGGCGUACGGAAACGGCACCGAUAAAGGGAGGAAGGACAAGUGUGAAGAGGAGACGGUGUGUUCGAAGGGCAUCCUGCUGCCGGUGUGGAAGCCGCAGCAGCCCGGCCUGGGAAUGCAGGUGGCCCGGGCCGUCGUCUACUUCGUGUCACUCAUGUACAUGUUCCUGGGCGUGUCCAUUAUCGCAGACCGCUUCAUGGCGUCCAUAGAGGUCAUCACAUCACAGGAGAAGGAGGUGACCAUCACAAUGCCCAACGGGGAAACAUCAGUGGCAACGGUUCGGAUCUGGAACGAAACGGUGUCCAACCUGACGCUCAUGGCCCUGGGCUCCAGCGCUCCAGAGAUCCUACUGUCGGUCAUAGAGGUGUGUGGUCAUGGUUUCAAGGCCGGAGAGUUGGGCCCGGGGACCAUCGUUGGCAGCGCUGCCUUCAACAUGUUCGUGAUCAUCGGCAUCUGUGUAUGGACGAUCCCGAACGGCGAAACCCGCAAGAUUAAACACCUGCGCGUGUUCUUCAUCACCGCCUUCUGGAGCAUCUUCGCCUACAUCUGGCUCUACCUCAUCCUGUCUGUCAUGACGCCCGGAGUCGUGGAGGUGUGGGAGGCCCUGGUCACCCUGCUCUACUUCCCCGUGUGCGUCAUCCUGGCCUGGAUCGCCGACCGCCGCCUGCUCUUCUACAAGUACAUGGGCAAGCGUUACCGUGCCGACAAGCGCCACGGCAUCGUCGUGGAAACCGAGGGAGAUCUGACGCCCAACAAAGGCGGCAUGGAGAUGAUUGUGGAUGGGAAGUUUCCACCACGAGGAGGCGCUGUGGUCCCCGCUGAAAACUGUGGAGUUGGAACUCAGGACGGCAUGGCGGGGGCUGCGGCCAAUAACAUCGGUGCAGCGGGGGGAUCCAUGGCAACAGGCGGCGGUAACCUGCCCAACUCCAACAGCACCAUGGUCAAUGUGGAGAACAGACAGGAACUGGACGAGAGCCGCAAGGAGGUGAUUCGGAUCCUGAAGGAGCUGAAGCAGAAAUAUCCAGACAAAGAGCUGGACCAGCUGGUGGAGUUGGCCAACUACUACGCCCUGCUGCACCAACAGAAGAGCAGAGCCUUUUACCGCAUACAGGCGACUCGUAUGAUGAUCGGAGCCGGUAACGUCCUGAAGAAGCACGCCGCUGACCACGCCCGCCGCACCGUCAUAACCGAUGAGGAAACGCCGGAGGAGGACGACUUCGACAUAUGCAGCCGCAUCUCGUUUGAGAGCGCCCACAGUCAGUGUAUGGAGAACUGUGGCAUCCUGACGCUGGCCGUCAUCUGCCAAGGCGGUCUGGGAGAGAACACGUUCUAUGUGGACUACAGGACUGAGGACGGGUCAGCCAACGCCGGGUCAGACUACGAGUACAGCGAAGGAACACUGGUGUUCAAACCUGGAGAAACUCGCAAAGAGAUUAAGGUUGGAAUAAUCGAUGACGACAUAUUCGAAGAGGACGAACACUUCUUCGUUCGUCUGCUGAACCUUCGUGUCGGCGACGCUGAGGGGAUGUUUGAGAGCGAUGAGGUCGGCGCCACCCCUAAGGCCCGUCUGGUUGAGCCCUUGGUUGCCACGGUGACGAUCCUGGACGAUGACCACGCCGGAAUCUUUACGUUCAGCGAGCGCAUGGUGAGGGUGAGCGAGAGCGUCGGCACGAUGGAGGUCACGGUGGUUCGCAAUUCGGGCGCUCGUGGCACCGUCAUCCUGCCAUACCACACCGAGUCGGGCAGCGCUAAAGUCGGGGAGGACUUCGAGGAAGCCCGAGGGGAACUGGAGUUCACCAACGAUCAGACCACUCAGACUCUCCAGGUGAGGAUAAUCGAUGAUGAAGAAUAUGAAAAACAUGAAAACUUCUUCAUUGUAUUGGAGGAACCACGCUGGUUAAAGAGAGGGAUCUCAGCUCUGCUUCUCAACCAAGAUGGCAGCGAGGGCCAGAUGAGCGCCGAGGAGGAGGAGGCUCGGAGGAUAGCUGAGAUGGGGAAGCCCAUCCUGGGAGAACACAGCCGCCUGGAGGUCGUCAUCGAGGAGUCGUAUGAGUUCAAGAGCACGGUCGACAAGCUCAUUAAGAAGACCAACCUGGCGCUGGUGAUCGGAACGCACUCCUGGAGGGAACAGUUUGUGGAGGCCGUCACUGUCAGCGCAGGUGACGGUGAUGAGGAUGAAGAGGGCCGUGAGGAACGCCUCCCGUCCUGUUACGACUACGUCAUGCACUUCCUCACCGUAUUCUGGAAGGUUCUGUUCGCCUGCGUCCCGCCCACAGAGUACUGGAACGGCUGGGCCUGCUUCUUCGUCUCCAUCAGCGUCAUCGGCCUCCUCACCGCCAUCAUAGGAGAUCUGGCGUCGCACUUCGGCUGCACCGUGGGCCUUCGGGACACUGUGACCGCCGUGGUGUUCGUGGCUCUGGGAACCUCUAUUCCAGACACCUUCGCUAGUAAAGUUGCCGCCAUUCAGGACCAGCACGCCGAUGCAUCUGUUGGAAAUGUCACUGGUAGCAACGCCGUCAACGUGUUCCUGGGCAUCGGCGUGGCGUGGUCAGUGGCCGCCAUCUACUGGAAAAUCAAGGGUGAAGUGUUCAGAGUGAAUCCCGGCUCGCUGGCCUUCUCUGUCACUCUUUUCACCAUCUUUGCGUUCGUGUGCAUGGCCGUGCUGCUGUUCCGACGCCGGCCUUCCAUCGGCGGAGAGCUGGGCGGGCCCAGGAUGUCCCGCCUCCUCACCACCCUGCUGUUCCUGGGCCUGUGGUUCCUCUACAUCCUCUUCUCCAGCUUGGAGGCCUACUGCCACAUCGAUGGCUUUUAAAGAGGAGACAGGAUCAGGUUCUGGAAGAAUAUUGCACAGCAACACACACAUUUACUUUGACACUCAGUCCAUUUACAAGUUCAUCUGUUUACCGGGUUGGCUGCAGCCUGAAGGUGUCCCAGUCUAACGCGGCGAUGCUCAGAUACUCCAGAUACAUGUUGACGCACACACACACACACACUGUAAAUACGCAUGUGUAAACUGAUCAUAGCAAGCACACACAGUUUAAGACAUGAGAAAGGCCAAAGGAAGUGUUUGUGAGGGAUGAGGAUGGUGAAGUGUUCAGUGUUUGAGCACACAGAGAAAAUGGAAGAGCGAAUGAUGAGAGGGUGACAGAGCAAGUGAGAGUCGGCCUCUGGAAGCUGGUCCAGGGGUUUUAGUCAGACAGGUGUUUUGUUGGCGUUGAUAGAGGAGUUGUCCUGUAACGGAAAAGGGCAUUAAGACGCAGGAAGCCGUGUUACUGAUGGAACCGACACAUUCGUUUCCUGCAACACAAACCCGUCUCUGUCGGUCCCUCCAACUGCGACAAAAGGAGUGGAAUGUUUACAAUAACAAUAACAUGUUUGUUUACCACGGGGCUACGACGAUGCACAGUCAGGAUGGAGGUUCUCCACACGCGCUGUAAAUACUAAAUACCAGUGUACAUAGAGUGUUUUCAGUCGGUCUGAAUAUCAUCUGAAAUCGCAGCGCCUAGUGCACAAAAACACAGUCAGGUUUCUACUUCCUCUGUCAUCAAUGAAGUUUUUAUGGAAGUACGGACAAAACAUGAUCCCACAGUAGCACUGAUUGGACAACGAGCUAAACGUUUAGAUAUUGAAACAAAGAAAUAAAAAGUGGAACCCUGUGUUCAGACCAAACGCAAACGUUUACUUCACAUGACUCACAUGAAAAUGCUGUGAAGUAAAAAUUUAACUGCUGUACUUUGAGUUUGAACUUUUUCCUCUUCAUUCCUUACAUUUUAAUACAACUAUUAUAUCUGUAAUUUCUGUUCAUCUCAUUAUUGCUCAUAUGAAUUGCUGCUACCUAGCAUUAGCUUGCUUAUUAUCUCAUAUGAAGCAGAAACCUCUAGAGAUGUAAAGUGAUGCCAACAGUGAAGUGCAGUAGUUUUUUCCUGACAGAUUUUACAGAAGACUGUCAGGAUUCUGUAGUGAAGUUGUAUCCACUUAGUCUGUUAUUGGCUAACUUGGUACUGCACUGUGUGGUCUGGUGCAAUCAAAUGCAACUGUAUGUGUUAUUAUUACUCACAUAGGAAAAGUGUAAAAUUAACUUGACAGUAUUAUCAAUGUUUGUCGGUGUUUUUACUCUGCGUUAGCUUGGCGACUUUCAGGCACUUUCCACCAACCAGUUCCAUGUAACAAAUGAAGAAGAUAAUGAUCAUAAUGCAUUGUAGGAUGUAAUAAAUCACAUAGGUAGUUAAAGUGGUGAACUCAUACAUGUGGGUACUUUUUGCAUGCUGUGAAUUUUCAGGUUUAUCCUUCACAAUAUCACUCCCAAAAAGUCACAUUUGGAUACGUAGGAUGUAUGUCAGAUAUUCUGAAACACAGUUAGACAGUGGCAUUGCAACAGCAAAAAGUUAAUUCACUGUUGUUUUCCUGUUGGGAAACUGGUUUCUGUAUUUUACCCCUAAUAAAACACACAGCACUUAGCUUUAGUAUUAGCAUUAGCACUUAGCACAUUAGGAGCAGUGAGCUGCCAUUGAAGACACUCAGACUCCAGAUCUUCAUCAGUACUUUGGGUUAGUUUAGGUAUAAAAACUACUUAGACAGUGUUAGGGGAAAAGGGUUGGGGUUAAUGUAAAGAAAUAAGGGUUGGGUUAGAGCUAAAAUAAGAAACAAAGAAGGAAAACACAAAGGUUAACAGAAGAAACAGGACACAAACCAUGGCCUUCUGUGUGCAAGUCCACAAACUAUUGGUAUAACCAUCCAAAUCAUAUCCUUCUUACAGUUUUUCCCUCCUCGAUGAUGUCAAGUGGCCCAUGUUGUCAAGUUCUGUUGCUGAAGGUUAUAACUUUUACCCUGCACAUCACGAUUCGACACUAUAAUGGCACCAUGAAUGUUAAAAAUGGACGCCAAGGGGGACUUGGGAAUGAGAAUGGGCUCUUUUAUCACCUACUACUUAGUACCUACUAUUUGUACCGUGUCAAACUUUCUUUGCUUUUGGUCUGAACACAGUCUCCAAAGAGCCAUACACCCCGUAGAUUUGCCUCUGGUUUCCAGGGCAACCACAGUCUUGCUGACAGAGGUCUGUAUGUCGUGAAUAUUUUUCGCAUGUAUAGCCAGUGAGUCACAUAUAUGCUACUGGAAUGAGUCCUACUGUAAAUGACAUGCCUGCAUUUGUGUGUCCGCUCAGUGAACAGCUGGUUUUUAAUGUGAAUUCUUCCUAUAUAAAUCUCUGUAUGUAGGUAGACAGGAAACAGGAUGCAGACGGUGGGUCUGGUUUGACAGUUUGAGAGGAACAAAAAGGACAUUUUCCUCGUCUAAAGGACCAAAAUGUGUCCACGCAUGGAGGCUGUCAGUCAGUCACUCGUCACGGCGUCGCUGUCUUUGGUAGUGGCAGACCGGUCCAUUACUGUGGCGUGUUUCCUGACAGACUAAUCCUUUCUCUUCAGUGACAGCAGCACAGACAAACAUGCAUGGGCAGACGAACAAGAAGUGACAGUGUUAGUUCAUGGAGAUGUUUGCCUCAAACAAAAACAGGCCCCCCAUUGUCAACGUCCGUCGUACUGAUCUUAAUCUGCGCAUUCGUCACGGUACAAGAUGCUUCGAGAUAACACCUGUACGAUGCCUUAAACACUCAAGCAAACCCUAGUAUUCAAGCUUUCAGCUGAACAACUUAGAUAAACUACUCGGUUGUUUUUCUUUCUUUGACUAAUUAGUGUUGUCUGUUAGUGUGAAGGGUGAAAACUAUGAACUAAAUGGAGAUCAGUGGAUUAAUGACAACAUUAACUUUCUUGUCCUGUGGGAAGAGAUUGUUUUGAUUUCUCCCUUCUCGUUCAUUCAUUUCUGUUCAGAGUCCAAUUAGAGAACUGUCAUCCAAUGUUCCCUAAGCUUUAUUUACAGUCUGCGGGUCGUCAACAGACUGCGCUUCGCUCUGUUGUAAACAUUAUUUAGCUUUUUGCACAGAAUAUGUGCAGCAGAGUCAUUCUGACACUGCAGGCUAGAAAUACAGGAUAUUAUAGGAUGUCUCUGAAUGAAAAAAUGCAUUUGAAGGCAUGUAUGCGGCGCUCAGUAUUGCACUACAAAGUCUGAAACAAAUGUGCAAAAUCUACUGGAACAAACAGCUGCUAAACAGACAACAUUUCAUUGAGAAAAAAAUGCAAAAAAACCAACAUCAAGGCAGCAACUAUUGUUAAAGUAAUAUUCACUGCCUAAUAUCAACCACAUCCAAUAACAUUUCCUCUGGAAAAGGCCAAGUCAAAGUCACCCACAAAUGAUAAGUGCUAUACAAGUUAUUACACACAACACUAUCAGAAGGUUUCAAUUAGUUUACCCUUUACUGAAUAUACUUUUUAAACUUUCUAAAACAAAUUUUGUAUCUUUUCCUUGCAGAUAUAGCUGAGGUAAAUUCUUUUGUACAUCUAAACAAUGUUUAGAGUAGAAUCAGUAUAUACAGUUUAGUGUAGAUAACAACAUUACUCAGUUUAGUGGAUUAGAUUUUGAUAUAUUUCCCAACAAGGAAGCUCCCUUUGAAACGUUCCAACAGUGAAUUCAGAUGUAAUCUCAUGUAAUUUACUCAUGUGCUUUGUCUGCUCACUCAUUUGUGUCUAUGUUACUCAUGUAAAUUCAGUCUCACAAGAUAAUUUAUUUAGAUAUUUAUUUAUUUAUGCUAAAAGACAUUUUAUGAAUAGGCUAAAAAUGUGCUGCAGAACCUUGAGUUUGAGGUUUAGUUCAAGGAGUGUAAUGUGCAAUACAGAAAAAACACAUUAUUAUUAUUAUGAUUCUUAUUUUGUGACUAGAUUUGACAAGAGGUCAGUUCACAUCUUUAUGCGCCAGUGUUUGUUGUAACCCUCCGCCAAUGUACGUAUAUGACUUCAUCCAGUUCUUCUGAUGGAGGGGUUUUUGAGUGUAAGUAGCAUGUUUACAUAAAGAAACGGUGGAACAUCGUCAGCGUAAUCGUCAGUCUUGGGUUGUCUCGAGCACAAGGGGGGAAUUUGGUCCAUUUUACUGGUGGACGAGGCUGGUCAGUGCAGUGUGUCACAGUACCGGGACUCCUUUUUAGCAAUAAGUGUAAGGAUUUACAAUUUGAAGUAAUUACUAAUUUCACGUUACUUUGACAUUUUUAUGGCUUCAUUUGUGGUCUCACAGGGAAACUAAAGGAGUCUUGAUAUCAGUUGGGUUUCUUUCCAGUAAAUAGACUGGUCCCAUAUGUGUUAGCUUAGCAUGCUACACAGGAGGAAGUUAGCUUCCCCAUAGAUGCAGUCUUUUUUUUUUUUUUUUUUUUUUUUUUUUUUUGCUGCCAAUGCUUGAAACACCAAAAAAAAAAAAAGAUCCUUUAAGAACAUAAUAGUUAUUAAAAGGUAACUUAUGUGUGAAGCGAAGAAAGCAGGCCACUAUAAAUUAGCUGUGAAUGACUUCAUAGACCUUGUAAACAUGCUAAAUUAAGAGGCCCAAACUGAUGUUACCUUAAAAAAAUCCCCUCAAAAGUCAACUUAAAUGGGUUUUUAGUAAAGUAAAUUGAUUACUUUUUCAGACAGAUGUGUAAAAUAUCAUCUGUAGUCUUACCAGGUUGGAACAUUUUUACACAACUAAAUGUUGAACUCUGACCUCAACAUCAUUUUAAUUCUAACCCUAAAAAUGUCCAAACCUUCAACAUCAGUGCUUGCUAAUACUUUGAUGGUUUUAUCCUAAUAUUUAUUAACCGGAAGGGUUAGAAAAGUUCAAUUUUACAUCAGUUUGUAAAUGAUCUCCUGAUUUUUUUCAACCAUUGGCAGUUAUAGAGUUGAGGUAACGUAGGGUCGGUGUGGCUCAAAAGCGUAGUUGUCAUGUUUAGCUGCUGAAGUUAAACACUGGUAUAAAAAACGACCUCAUUUGUGUUUGUUUAAAUGUGUUCAUUUUCCACUGAUGAGCAGGUGUACUUUUUUGUUUCUUGAUGUAUUAAGUACAAACAGACCUUGACCUAAUUCUAACCUUAUAUAGUCUGAACUUUUACAUCUAUGACACAGUUCACCACAUAGUCCCCUACAAACGCUCACAUGUGGGUGAUCUGGACUUUGACUUGGAACGUCGACAUCAACAGGGACGAUGAAGUGGAUCUGAUCGUCCCUGCCCCAGGAGACCACGUGACCCAGAUGAGGCUCGGGGACACCCAAACCAGAACUGUCAACAAUGUCCGGACGAUGUUCCACGUUUCUAUGAACUUCUGUACUAACUGUCUGGCUUCGGCCUUUGCUGUUCUGUAACUACAGUAGAUGUGAUACCCCCUGACCCCACCCCCAUCCUGACCCCUGACCUUAUCCAACCUCCCCACCUUUUACCUUUUAUCCCCCCCCUCCCCUUCUUUCCAGCCUCCACCUGUGUGUGUGUGUCUGUGUUUGCCUUCCCCUUGUGUUCCUCGGCAGAUGCAUGAUAAACCCCCCUCGUAUGUGUGUUAGCAGCAUGGUCUACUGUGAUGGACGCCUAUAGGCAUAUGUUAUCAGGUCGACCCCCCCCCCCCAAAUACCUGAGGCUCUUUGUAAAAAUAAAACAAGCGAAUGGCACCAGAAGACACGACCUGCAGAAACGGUGUCCAUCGCUUGUUUAGUUCGGUAGCUGUGAAACAUGAGCCCUCCGUUGUGUCGAGACGACGUCCGCAACAAGCGCCAUCCCGCGACAUCUUUUUGUUCGUUGGUGUACGAUAUUUCUGUGUCUGUGUUCGUGUACCUCCUCUUCUUCUCCUCUCUUAUUUGGUGGAAGAAGAGGUCCCAUCGCUCCCUCCCAGGUCUUGCUCUCCGAUGUGUCUCUCUGUGAAGUUUUUCCUGUGAUGAUGAUGAAAAUUUCUCUCUCUGCCUGAACCUUUGUAGGGAUAUAAUGACUGAGUUAAUACAAUAUCAUGUGAUUAGACAUAUACAUUUAUUCAAUACUGUAAUAAAUUAUUAACUGAAGAUGAUAUUUAAGUUUUUUUAUGAAAUGUGGGGGAAAAAAUUCAAAAAACAUCACUUGUUUUUGAGAACAUGGCAUGAGGUGUAAUGUGAAAGAAAAUGAAGUUGACCUUAUUUCAAUAUAGUUUAUUUAUUUUCAAGA